UGCAUAUAUAAAUGAUCGCAGAACAAGUGAAAUAACGCUAAACAGCACAAUCAAAUGCUCGCAUAAAUUGCCGUAUGUAUGCAUGAAUGUAGAUAUGUAAAUACAGUGUCAACUAUAUUUACUCUGUUUUACAGUUACUUAUUUUGCAGCAACGCACCGUUGCACAUAGGAGCAUUUACCCUCGAAAACCGGACAAAAUUGAAAAUUACAAAAUUCAGCGAUGGUACUCAAAAUUGAUUUUUUUUUGGAACCUAAAUAACCGGUCUACAAUGAACAGAUUAAAUGAAUGACCUUCAGGCCGCUAUAUCGCCACACAAGUAGUCGAAACCUAGACUUCGUUCAGAACGCACAUGAUUAUUCGCGAAACUCUCCAUUGUUCUUGAGAUUGUAAGUGGUUUUUUUUAUGCGUGAACGGAAUUCUUGGAAAUAUUUGUUAUGGAUUCAGGACAGCAUGGUUCAAAAUCAAAAGUUAUAGAGAUGUCUCGAAAAACAUUAUAUAUGCUUUGUAGGGAAAGCGCUGCGAGAAAAUGGGAAGAUAAAACGUCAUAUAUGGAAAAAAAGCUUCAAGAAAUGAUGAAGUGUCCAGAAGGCGAAUUUCAAACUUUAAGUAAUGAUUUAAAGUAUUUCAUAUGCUCGAAACAAGCAUUAUCGUCUAUAUCGACAAGACUUUGCAAGAAAAUUUUCACGGGUUCAGAUGUUUUAAACAGGCUUCUUCUCACAUCUGAUCAAUUUUUAAGUUGCCAGCGAAAACGUCAACGAAGCAAAAGCCAACCCUUCUUAAGUGAAACUAUAAGGCUCUUCGAGUCACAGGAACCAGAGGUCCACGUCGACACUGAAACAGGGUUGCCUGAACAUUCUGCUGAAUCAGAAGAGGCUUUGUAACAACACACACGGAGGAGUUCUUCUUUUUUUGUUAUAAUUUUAUUUUAUAAUUUUAUUUAAAUAUAUAUUCAAUAUAAAAUGUUCGG